AUGAUGAUUUCGAAGUUUCUGCGGCUAGGACUGUUUUCCCUGACUUUCUGCGGUGUCUUGCUGCAUCCGGCCCAAUCGAAUGAUGCCGAAGUUUAUCUGAGAAAAGACGGGAUUUCAAUGACAAAAGAUGAAGCCAAAGAAAGCGCCAAGGAAGCACUCGGAUACUUACUCAAUAGCGCAUUAGCGCCACAGAAUGACGAUGGACAUCAACGUAGUUUGUUUCAGGGAGAGGCAAAUGAGUGCAACUCGCUAAUCGGCACUCUUACCGUGGAGGAAAUCAGAAGUAUGGUGAUCGUGUUGAUGCAGGAACAGACACCUCUUGGCGAGUUUGCAAUCUUUGCAUUGGAUAGCGUCAUCCUUAGGAAUUUAAAAUACGACGUUCAACUAUGGAAGAUUUGUGGACGAUGUGCUGAAUUUGAGGAUGACAUCAAGUAUCCCAAGAAUGCAGGCUGCGGACGUCAGGACUAUGGAUUCAAUGCUACACACUCAGGACUGCUGGUGGUACCAUAUGAUGCAGGGAGGGGAGAACUAAUAUCUACCACCCUUCCUGUCAACAUCGUACCUGCCUCCGAAAGUGUCGUUCCAAGUGAAACUGGGUACCCCGUAACAUCACACCCAGCUUUGUUGGGGGCUGUUAUCAGUUCCAUCACAAGAGUCUAUACUCUAGAACCUGACUUUACUGGAAGGGGAGAGUCUAAGGAUUACUAUCGGGCCUUUCUUAUCAAACAAACCUACGUCACGGCGACCUUGCCUUUGAUUUGGCAGGCUGAAGCUAUGGUUGCUGAACAAUCGAAUUGUGCGGCCGCCAUGGCCGACGCCUACAGUCUUGUUGGAUACAGUCAGGGUGGCUUUCAAGUUGUGGCCUUGGCAGAUGGUUUAGCCCGGAUGGGCAAGACCAUUAUUGCUGUGUACGGAGGCGGCGCGCCUUAUAAGUUGUCCACAGAAACUCUUACCUACUUUGUGAGCAGAAUAAAGAAUGGACGACUACCAAUUGUCUUCUUCGUUACCUUGCUGGCAGCAGCCCUGUCAUCAACCACAACAGAUGCUGCCAACUUUGGUGCUGGACAAGAUUUCUUGGCUGAGCAUGUCCGAGACCCUCUGGUACACCAAGCACAACUUGCUGGCGCAAACAGGGAUCCACUAUUUGCAUACAUCCCUGAAUGGGACCCACUCUCAGUGUACAACCAGAAGUUUAUUGCCUUGAUGGAGGGUGGCAUUGCUCGUGGUGAAUCCAAUCCGUGUGUCACCAGUGUGACAAAUGAGACAGACAAACUCUGUGAAGCACUUCAAGAGAAUGACCUCAUUCAUAUUUUGGAGAGUGCCAACUACCCAAUGUUUUUGUGUCAUUCCAGCGAGGAUGAGUCGAUUCCUUAUUCCAAUCUACCUUCAAUCUCUUCCAAUCCCGACUAUUUGCACAUCAAAACAGUCACCGGGACACAUUGGGAGGCUUCGACACCUUGCAUCAUUGAUGCUGUAUUCUUUGCAGCCAACCCAUUCAAUCUCAAGUGGUACCGUCCAGCGGACCGAACAUUAGAGGGUGGUUGCGAAGCUGGGGUCUCCACUGGGUGCAAUGUCUGGCGCAGACUCUUUUUCCGAUGUUAA